AUGGCGAAUUCCGCAGACCGCCCCGACGCUAGCGAAACCACGCAGUCCCAGAACCAACAACAUGUCCUGGGCAUUCCUCGGCCUCCCUCGGUGGGAGGAAUAUCUUCCCGAGUAACGGAUAUGGCCUCGGAGGAUGGAGAGCGAACACAAUCUUUCGCGUCACCACCACCUUCGCUCCAGCAGCGUCCCUCCGUCUCACGGCGGGGGCCGCCCCCAACAAGGAGCUCCAUGGUUGCGUCCAGCCAUGGCAGACCGGGAAGCUCAGGCAGUCGACUGAGCAGAAGUCAUAUUCCGUCAUUGACCGCGCAGGGAUUUUUCCGGCCGAUGAGUUCGCAGCGACUGCAGGCGCACCGGGGUACACGGCCCAUGACCAAGGGGACUGUGUCGUCAACAGACGACUGGGCAGACCAGGCCAGUCAGAAUCGGAGGAGCAUCAUCUCCAACAGUACUUUCCACCAAGGAUCGGCACUUACUGCAGAACCCGAAGUCCCUCCGUCGCGAGGCACGGAAUUUACAGAUGCCAUCAUCACUGAUCGCAAUACGUCCAAUGCAAGCCCAACAGGAAACACAACAAUCCGAAGCUUGGGCGAGAGCGUCAGGCUCCUCCAAGACCGAGAUCAGAAAGACAAGCCGCGUCCUAGCCAUCUGAACCUCGGUGCGAACUACCAUGGUCAAUCGGGACAAGAUGCCCAUGCGGCACCCAAGUCACCGCUUUCUUUCUUGUCAUUGCGGAACGGAACCUCCGCACAAAACUCCCAUGAUCCUCGAGGACAUGAGCGAUUGUCUUCAGCUGGCUCGUCUCCCGGACCUAUGGAUGUCAAGAAGUCCCAAUUACCGAGAGGUACAUUGGGCAAGAACUGGGAAUAUUUCGUUGGCAACACACUCUUCUGUGGUGGUGGGCGGCUCCAGAACUCGAGGGACAAGCCCGUCAACAUUGCUACAGGUCUUCUGGUAAUCGUGCCUUCGGCGCUUUUCUUCGCAUUCUCAGCUCCCUGGUUGUGGCACAACAUCUCUCCUGCUAUCCCCAUUGUCUUUGCAUACGUUUUCUAUAUCUGCAUUUCCUCCUUCGUGCACGCAUCCGUUGUUGACCCUGGAAUUAUGCCACGAAAUGCGCAUGCUAUGCCUCCGACAAAUCCAGGAGACGACCUAUUGUCGCUUGGCCCUCCGACAAAUGAUUGGGUCAUGGUCAAGCUCGCUACCUCGGAAGUGGCUGCCAUGGACGUGCCCGUGAAGUACUGCAAGACCUGUAGUAUCUGGCGACCUCCUCGCUGCUACCACUGCCGGGUGUGCGACAACUGUGUCGACACACUCGAUCACCACUGCGUCUGGCUCAACAACUGUGUAGGGCGGCGCAAUUACCGCUACUUCUUUGCAUUUGUGAGCUCAUGCACGAUUCUGGCCCUCUUUUUGAUUGGUGCCAGUCUCGCGCAUAUUCUGGUGUACAGGUCGCGCGAGCAUGUCUCUUUUGGGGCUGCCAUCUCGAAAUGGCGCGUCCCCUGGGCUAUGGUUAUUUACGGCAUCGUCGCGGUACCAUACCCGACAUCGCUGUGGGCUUACCAUCUGUUCUUGAUGGGCCGAGGCGAGACCACCCGAGAAUAUCUCAAUUCGCACAAGUUCAACAAGACGGACCGCCACCGACCAUUCACACAAGGCAAUGUCCUUAAGAACUGGAUCACCGUUCUGGGACGGCCUCGUCCGCCCACCUACCUGCAGUUCAAAAAGCCCUACGAAGAGGGCGACCAGCGCUUUGCCAUGCAGAAGCGCAAGUAUCUUGUCCACGAUGAGGAGUCGCAAGCGGGGAUUGAGAUGCAACAUGUUGGUUCCCAACAACGGGGCUAA